AUGGUGUCUAACGCUAAUAAGUUGUCGUUGAAGGUGAUGCUCAAUAACGAUAAAACUAAGGUGAUCUUUGCAGAAUCCGACAGCCAUUUAGUAGACAUUUUGCUGAGCUUCAUGACUUUGCCGUUGGGGAGAAUCGCCAGACUCUUCAACAAUCCCAUCUUUGGAAUUGGAAGCUUGAGCACUGUCUACCACAGCCUACAAAAUCUAGACACCUCCCAUUUCGUGACGGAGGCUGCUAAGAGGACCCUCCUCGACUCGAAGAGUUCAUUCGAGCACAAAUACGCAACGCUGAAACUGGAUAUCUCCGAUUCUCCGCCUGCUGCACAUUUCUUCUGUAGCAGAUGCUGUAGUGAAAGAUUUAGUGAUGUGAGUGCCUUCAGCAACGAAUGGUAUUGCAGUCGUUGCGAUGGUAAAUUGAAUCGAGAAGUAGUUGAGAAGUCUUCUUGUGAUGGGGUUUUCAUCAAACCUGGAGCUUCUUUCAUAAUCUCUGAUGAUCUGCUCAUAUUGCCGAAUGAUACCGAGUUCUUUGAAGCCGUCAGCAUUUUCGACAUUAAAGAAACUGAUAAGGGUGAGCAGAUCGAAGUCCAUUUCGGGCUGACUGAGAUUGUGAAGUUGUUGAAGGCAUCCUUAACAUCCCCAACUCCAUUGUCGGAUGUCAUUCUGAAUAAAACAACGAAGUUGAACCAUCGAGCUGAGGAGUCUCGGAAGCUGGAAGGUGAUAAACCCAACCUUUUCACUUUGAAAGUUAUGAUGCAAAAAUCCACAGGCAAGUUGUUGUGUGCACAAGCUAAAGAAGAAUUCGUAGAGUUUCUAUGUGAUCUCCUCUUUAUCCCACUAGGACGAGUCGGGCAUCUUCUUGGAGGUAAGACUUGUUUUGAGGCCAUAAGCAACUUGUAUCGGAGCACAACUGAUCUUAUAGGUGAAAAAUAUUUCAAGACGGAAUAUAUAAAAAAGAAGCUAAUGAAACUCAAUGUGGUUCAUGGUUGUGUUUCUCGUAGCAACAUUCUUGGCCUUACUGAAGAAAGCUUGCCUUAUUUCUACUCUCGUUAUUUGUCUUGGGAUAACUAUCCGAUGGGCAAGGGGUGUCACUUGCAAAGGCCACGAACUUAUUUGGUGAACGAUGAUUUAUCUGUUGAGCCAUAUUGUUUUUCCUCCAUUUAUUACAGUCUACAUGUGCAAGGUAUUCAGAUAUCUGAUGUGGAAGAAGUGGAGCUGAAAAUUGGAUUGAAAGAGUGUUUGGGCAUACUAGAAGCUUCUCUCACAUCCACUUCUGCACUCUCUGAUGCUCUGCUGGCGAACAAAAAUCCAAAGGCAGAACUCUGCAUUUAA